AAUGCAUUAAUGUAAAUAUAAUCUUUAUAACAGAUCAAAGAAUUACCACAUCCAGAAAAAUGGCCAAUUCUCCUCCAUUACUAGAUUCACCUUGGAGGUCAAUGGAAUGGAGUGAUGAGAAGAAGAAAUUCUUGUUGGAAAAAUUUGAAUGCUUUCGUCUUGGAAACUCUGAUGUCAACACUCUCAGAAUUCUUCUGCAUGGACCAGUAGGUGCUGGAAAGUCAAGCUUCUUUAACUCUGUGGAUAGUGCUCUUAAAGGACGAAUUACUGGCAGAGCCCGGGCAGAUUCAAUGGCUGGGACAAGUUUUACUAUGAAGCCCAAAAUCUACAAACUGAAAAUGGAAGAGACUACACUUCCUAUCGAAUUGAUUGACACCAGGGGUAUGGAAAAUGAAAGUGGAAUUGGGAUGAAGAUUGAUGACAUCGUCAGAAUAUUACAGGGUCACUUUGAAAAUGAAUCAGACCAACCUAAAAAUGCAGAAAAGAACAAACCUCUGAAAGACAAGAUUCACUGUCUGGUGUCUGUUCUUCCAGCUAACAAUAUAUCAAUCAUGGGAGAUGAUGUCAUCAUACAAAUGAGAAACAUUCGUUUGAAAGCCCGGGAUUUUGGCAUUCCUCAAGCCAUGAUUGUGACCAAGGUGGAUGAAGCAUGUCCAGAGGUUCAAAAAAACAUUAAGAACAUCUACAGUAGCAGAAAAAUUAAACAAAAGAUGGAGGAGUGCUGUCAAAGACUGGGGGUUCCUAUGAGCUACAUCUACCCUGUGAAGAACUACCAUGAAGAACAAACCACUAACACAGAAAUGGAUAUUCUGAUUUUACAAGCAAUGCUAAACAUUGUUAACUUUGCCAAAGACUAUGUGGAUGACCAGAGAGACAGUUAAUAAAUGCCCUCUUAAAUCUGGUUGAUAUCUAAGGUCAAGAUGAAUGAAAAAUGUUUCUUGAAGGGGAAACAGAGAAUGUAAAAAUAGUACAUUUAUCAUUGUCUUUAAAGCAGAAUGAAAUGAACAAUGAUUCACUCAAACUAAAUAUAAAUGACUAUAAUAUAAUUUAAACAAGAUUUAUGCAAUUUUCAUUAUUACCUUAUUACAUUCAGAAUCAGAGAUAUGUGACAGAAAUUAAUUUGGACCUUCAUAAAACACAUAAUGUUUUUUUAACCAAGUUGUUUUAAUUGAUUUAAUUUGAUGACAUCUGUUGAUUUGUUGUUUGUUAUUGAACUUUAGUAUACUGUAUGUUGCUUUAAGUUUGUUGCUCUUGUUACCUUUAUUUUACUGUAUAUUUUUGUUAUUUUAAAAAUAGAUACUGUUGGUUAUUCAUGGCGAUGGUAAGAGCUCUGAGAUCUUUGAUGAUCUUAUAUGAUGUUACAUUUUUAUUCAUAUCUUUAUAAACUAUAGCACAAUCUGUACCUUUGCUUUGUAAUUCGUCUUGCAGAAUUGACUUCAUAUUAGGAGUCAAAUAAAACUCUAUUAAAUACUGAAAUGAAGAAAAAUUUAAUUACUUUUAUACUACAGUGUAUCUCCUCAAUAUAAUUGUAAUCAACCGAUUACAGUCAUUAUUGUGAUUUGAAUUUUUUUCUUGUGACAGCUGUAUUUAAUCUAACUACAGUGUGUACAAAUUUUGAAAUAAAUUAUGUUUUCAUUGUGAUUGGCCAUGAUACCUGCAUGUCAAUUAAAGAC